CUCUUUUAAAUUAAAAGCUCAUAAAUAUUCCAUAGAUUACUUCCUUUUUUACUUUCAACGUCACAAAUACAAUGGCAGCCACCGGCAAAGUUUUAGUUAUUCUCGGUUUAUGCUUAUUACCGAUCCUUACAUCAGCCGACACAUGCUUAGCACCUCAAAUCAAGUCCCAGACCUACUCCACACCAGAAGCAAUAGUGUCUACUGAAACAGUACUUAUUGCAGAGUUUACCCUUACUUGCAAGAACUCAUUGAAGAAUAUCAAUUUGUAUGCUGAUGUUGGUGGUCGACUCAUUCCUGCUACAAAGACAAGUGAAGUCAAUAAAUAUCAGAUUAGCAUUACUGAUGAUCACAAGAAGCUGCCUGCCGGAAGAUAUGACAUCAGGGUGUUUGAUGAAGAAGGAUUUGCACUUUUAAGAAAGGCACAACGCAGUGGUGAAAGCACAGACAGCAUUAAACCACUAUUUGUAUUGAACCUAAAUCAUUCUGGCAUCUGGAAUGGUCCAAUAGUUCAGACAGAGUUUGUGGCUGCUCUGGCUGCUAUUCUUAUUUGGUGGUUGGCAUACACAGCUAGAAGCAAGCUUUUAGCUUAGACACGACUCAAAUUUCUGUGUUUUUGUUUGUCCUGUUUUUUAGGUUGUUGUUUUUUUCUUUUCCAUAAGUUUUAAUGAAUUUAAUGUUUAAAAUAAAAUAAUUAUGAAUGGUGGAAGUUUGUGUUAGUGUGAUGGUAGAUGAGAUGAUAUGGUAUAAACUGAUGGUAUGAACAUUAAAUUUUUAUAGUAAUAAAUCA